AUGGCUCCGACAACGAUCCGGAAGGCGAUUGGGGUGGUGAAGGACCAGACCAGCAUAGGGAUUGCCAAGGUCGCCAGCAACAUGGCGCCGGAGAUGGAGGUCGCGAUUGUGAAGGCCACCAGCCACGACGACGACCCUGCCAGUGAGAAGUACGUCAGGGAGAUUUUGAAUCUCAUGUCGCACUCGCGCGGCUACGUCCACGCCUGCGUCUCCGCGGUGUCCAAGCGUUUGGGGAAGACGCGCGACUGGAUUGUGGCGCUCAAGGCGCUCAUGCUCGUGCACAGGCUCAUGAACGAGGGUCCCUCGCUGUUCCAGGAGGAGAUCCUGUACGCCACCCGUAGGGGAACACGGCUCCUCAAUAUGUCUGAUUUCAGAGACGAAGCUCACUCUAGCUCCUGGGAUCACUCCGCUUUUGUCAGGACCUAUGCUAUGUAUCUCGACCAGAGGCUUGAGUUGAUGCUGUUUGAUAGAAAAAGCACCGCCGCCGGUGCCGAUGGUGGCAGUGUUGGUGCUAGCGGUGCUGAUGAUAGGUUUGGUGGAAGGGACAAUUUCCGGUCGCCGCCUUAUGAGUACGGUGGGGGGGAAUUUAGAGGGGAAGGUAGUUAUGGGAAUGGGAUGAGGAGGACGAGGUCUUUUGGGGACAUGAGUGAAUCGGUGGGAAGGGGGGAUGAGAAGAGGGUUGUGAGUGUGACUCCUUUGAGGGAUAUGACUCCGGAGAGGGUUUUCGGGAAGAUGGGUCAUUUGCAGAGGUUGUUGGAUCGGUUUUUGGCUUGUAGACCUACUGGGUUGGCGAAGAACAGUAGGAUGGUUUUGAUUGCUUUGUAUCCGGUGGUUAAGGAGAGUUUUCAGUUGUAUGCUGAUAUAUGUGAGGUUUUGGCUGUGUUGCUUGAUAAGUUCUUUGAUAUGGAGUACGCUGAUUGCGUGAAGGCUUUUGAUGCCUAUGCCAGUGCGGCUAAGCAGAUUGAUGAGCUUGUUGCUUUUUACAAUUGGUGUAAGAAUACUGGUGUGGCAAGGUCCUCGGAGUACCCUGAGGUUCAGAGGAUUACCAGCAAGUUGCUUGAGACGUUGGAGGAGUUUGUAAGGGAUAGAGCCAAGAGGCCGAAGAGUCCGGAGAGAAAAGAGGAGGCUCCGCCUGUAGAGAAGGUAGAGGAGGAGCCAGCACCGGAUAUGAAUGAAAUCAAGGCACUGCCUCCACCAGAGAAUUAUACCCCUCCUCCUCCACCUGAGCCGGAGCCUCAGCCUAAGCCGCAGGUUACAGAGGAUUUAGUUAAUCUAAGAGACGAUGCAGGCACUGCAGAUGACCAGGGGAAUAAAUUGGCUUUGGCACUGUUUGCUGGUGCGCCUGCUAAUAAUGCUAAUGGAUCAUGGGAAGCAUUCCCUUCAAAUGGACAACCAGAAGUAACUUCAGCCUGGCAAACCCCGGCUGCAGAGCCUGGGAAAGCUGAUUGGGAAUUGGCAUUGGUAGAGACUGCUAGCAAUUUGUCGAAGCAGAAGGCAGCUUUAGGUGGUGGGUUAGAUCCUCUGUUGUUGACUGGCAUGUAUGACCAAGGAAUGGUCAGGCAGCAUGUCAGCACUACCCAACUGAGUGGAGGAAGUGCUAGCAGUGUGGCGUUGCCAGGACCGGGAAAGACUACAACCCCUGUUUUGGCUCUCCCGGCCCCAGAUGGAUCUGUUCAGCCAGUUAAUCAGGAUCCAUUUGCUGCAUCAUUGAGCAUUCCACCCCCAUCCUAUGUGCAAAUGGCCGAUAUGGAGAAGAAGCAGCAUUUGCUCGUGCAGGAGCAGCAGGUGUGGCAUCAGUAUGCUAGGGAUGGGAUGCAAGGCCAAUCUAGUUUGGCCAAACUUAGUGGCACUGGAUACUAUGGCGGAGGUCCUAUGCCCAUGAUGCCUUAUGGAAUGCCCCCAGUCAAUGGAAUGGGACCUCCAGCCGGGUACUAUCACACUCCUUACUGA